AUGUCUGGUGGAGAGAGAGAGGAGAACCAAUGGAAAUGCGGAAAAGAGAGAGCGGUGGCGAAUUUACAGAGGGUAAGAACAAUUGUGCGGGAUAUAGGAGAGCCUUGUCUUUCUCAAUCACCUAUAAAGGUUGUUAUAACUGUAAGAAGAAUGCUUAAGCCGGAGAAGUGGCAGUCGACUUUUGAUAGUAAUGGAAAGGUUUCACGUUUUCGGAAAGCACUUAAGUUGAUUGUUUUAGGGGGUGUGGAUCCAUCUAUCAGGCCUGAAGUUUGGGAAUUUCUACUUGGUUGCUAUACACUGGGAACCACUUCUGAGUACCGGAGCCAGUUGAGGACGGCACGAAGGGAACGCUACAAAGACCUCAUCGAGCAAUGCCAAAAAAUGCAUUCAAGUAUAGGAACUGGUGCCCUUGCAUUUGUCGUGGGGUCCAAAGUUAUGGAUAUGAGGACAUCAUCCAAGGAUGAUGGCAGGGGGAAGCUAUGCGACUGGAAUAAUGAUUGUACAGAUACAGCAUGCACGUGUGCUGGGGAAAGUUCUAGUGAUUCUGCUGAGCUUGUCAGCGUGAGGGGAAGCUCAGAUAGUGCAGCAUAUGACUCUUCUUGUUUUAUGCCUACUUCUGGUCCACUCAAUAGUGUUUCCCCAAAAAGAGGUGGAGAGGUUCAUGGAUCUGAGUAUGUAGCAGAGAGUUAUUUUGAUUUUCCUCCUUUACCUGUCACUAAUUUGUUUGACAAGAGAGAAGAUAAGAAAGAAAGUGGUGUGCAUGAUGACAAACCAGCUACACAAAGAAAAUUGAGAUUUGAACAUGACAGGAUGCACAGUUUUCAAAUUAAUAAUAAUGUAGAUUUAAUUAUCGAAUCCAGUGGGGAACCAUCUAACCAUGCUUCAUCUCAGAAGCAAUCUGAAAUUGAAUUAGUUCACCAUGACAACCAUGAACCGGAAUUACAGUCCAAUAAUCUGGGUUAUGAGAAAGAAAUAGUGAACAAUUUGAGAAUAGCUGAUGUUCCUGAGACACCAUUGUUAAAUGGAAAUACGUCUAACAGAGGGGCUGCUGGUGAGGACAGAGUGUCUGAAUGGCUUUGGACAUUGCAUCGAAUAGUUGUUGAUGUUGUAAGAACAGACAGUCAUCUUGAAUUCUAUGAGGAUAAGAAAAAUUUAGCUAGGAUGUCUGAUAUCCUUGCUGUCUAUGCAUGGGUUGAUCCAGCGACUGGUUAUUGCCAAGGUAUGAGUGAUCUGCUGUCUCCUUUUGUUGUUCUUUUUGAGGACAAUGCUGAUGCAUUUUGGUGCUUUGAGAUGCUUCUACGGAGAAUGCGUGAAAAUUUUCAGAUAGAAGGGCCAACUGGAGUCAUGAAACAGUUGCAAGCAUUGUGGCACAUAUUGGAACUCACAGACAAGGAAAUGUUUGCACACCUAUCACGUAUCGGUGCUGAAAGCCUCCAUUUUGCAUUCCGGAUGCUGAUGGUUCUCUUUCGCCGAGAGUUAUCUUUUAGUGAGGCUCUUCGGAUGUGGGAGAUGAUGUGGGCUGCUGAUUUUGAUGAAUCCAAUGUGUGUGAUCUAGAGGAGAAUUGUCUGGAUGCACUGGUGCUAAAUCUUCCAAUGGAUUCUGGAGGAGAUAUAAGAGAUGAAAGCAUUGAAAAUAGUGAUGGUAGUUCAAAGGAUGGUUCGCUAUCAAAGCAUGGAAACGUUGAGCACCCAACAUCUGACAACACUGCAAUGAAGUCUGCAUCAACCUAUAACUUUUGUGGUUUCACAAAGAAUUUUUGGUCAAGAAAUGACCGCAUGCAGAUUAACAAUUUAAUUUCAUCAACCAAGAAUGGGGAUGACGAAUUACCUGUUUUCUGUGUCGCGGCUAUUCUCAUCAUGAACCGGCAAAAGAUAAUCAAAGAAACUCGUUCAAUUGAUGAUAUGAUAAAGAUUUUCAAUGAUAGGCUGCUGAAGAUCCGUGUUAAAAGAUGCAUACGCUCAGCAAUCAAACUUCGGAAGAAAUAUUUUUACAAGCUGAUCAAAAGCAAGAACCCUGUAGUCCAGAAUGGUGAAUAA